CUUGCAAAACACAGUCGCGCACAGUCGCGUCUCGAAACGCGUAACCCAGCCAGUUGCGCGGCGUAAACAUUACACGCAUUUUCCGAGAAAAUCAUUUAAGUUCCACAACUAUUAAAAAAAUACUGCCUACAAAUUAAAACUGUGUGGUUAUACCUAUUUAAUUUUAUUUAAAUUUAAGUAAAAAUAUACAUAACAACAAUAAAUAAAUAGGUCGUAGUAUGCUUAUAUAUCCAAGGUGGAAAGAUAUUUCGGUACCCGGGCGAUACGCCAAACUGUGUUUGAUUAUAAUUCUGUGACGAACGCCAUGUGAUUAGUAAACACUGAUAUCAUAAUUAUUAAGGAAACAAAAACAGACAUGGAAAAGUCUAUAACUACUUAAAAAAAACCUACAAUAAAAUAAACAAAGUGAUAUAUUAACUGAAUAAAAGUGUAAAAAAAAUGUGCUAGUGAAACAUUUUUUUUUUUAAUUUUGUCUUGUUCGGCAAUGAUACUGCGAUGAAUGUGCCAACGAUCAAAACCGACUCAGAGGUGGACCUUCAGACGCAGAGCACCUCUCGUCUGCAGCCGAGGAGAAACGCUGGACCUCCUAAGAAGUCCCUAGCCUCAAAACUAUGGGACCUAUUGCAACCGCUCGCUAGAUUAUGGGGCCUUAUCACGGCUGUUGUGAUGAGCGGUGCUGGUACAGAAUUGCUGGUGCUAGGAUAUGAUAUUGCGCCGGGUCUGCUAGUGGGUGCAGCACUAGUCUUGAUCCUAGAAACGAUGUGGGUGGCGGCAUUAUUCGUGGAUUUACUCUGCCGACGCGGGGAGUACACCCUCUCACUCCGCUGCUGGGACUUCGCGCGCUGGUCGUGCGGACGCGCUCGUGCGGCGAUGUAUGCGUGCGCGGCGACGGCGUUGUUGUUCGCGCAUCUUACUAUGCUUGCUACUAUUUCUGGCGGCAUGCUCCUAGUUCUAGCAGCUUUAAGAGCUGCGGUGCCGUUCUCUCCGUACGCGACACACGGUCCUCACUCACCGAGAGCUGGCAGCUCACUGCUGAGCCAGCACGACUCGCCCCUGCCUGACGUGUUCUACAACGCUGGACAUACUGAAGAAGACAGGUCAGAAGAAAUGACAGUUCUGGAUAUAAAGACAACAGACAGAUCGCGGUCAACAACCCCGAAGCCGCCGCUACUGAACUUUGAUUCGUGAAAUAUAUACGAGACCUACGAGAGCCUAUUGUACUUAUGAAAUAGACACUGACACCAAAUAAUAAAGUAAAAAGAUCCUUUGACAAUAUUUAAUUCGAUUCUAUUUUUAAAUUUAAAUAAGGAACAGUUUUUUUUUGAUUUGUGCUUGUGUAAAAAUAACGUAAGAAAAGUAAAACAUUUUUUUUUGUAUCCUUUAAUUUAAGGUCGUCGGCAAAUAGUUUGGAUAUGUUCAGCAGUCAAGUGUAAGGUAAUAAACUAGUACUACAUUUAAUUAAUUUAUUACUUUUAUAAUUUUUAUACGUACGAAGAAACUGUGAUAGUUUAGAUUGUAGUUAUGUGCGACAAAGUUCAGAUGUAAAAAGAUUAGGUAUAAUUAAAUAAUUAUUACAAAA